AUGGAAAAUACGGCAUUAUCUGGGUUAAGAGGAAUACCAAUUAGUGUUCUCAAGCAACAAAGCUUUCCCAAUCUUCCGGCAAUACCAGCAGUUCAAGAAAGAUUAUGCUUAAAUCCGACGAAACAAUCUACGACGGCACAUUUUAUCUCAGACUCACUGGGAAAAGUUAGAACACAUUCAUCGGAGCUUCAUAAAAGUGAAGAUAUCUUGAGAAAACUUCCCGUUGGUACUGAAACGGCGCAGAUCUUUGUUGGUGUAAUUCCAAAUUUAACGAAAACAUAUUUCGUUAUGCUUCGACUAAGUGAACCAGCAACGAUGCCAGAAAUUCUUGAUGGUGAAGUACCACUUCGUUUUGUUGUAGUAAUUUUAGGAUCAGGUCAACCGGAUGUUAGUUAUCAUGAAGUGGGACGAUCCAUUGCAACACUAAUGACGAACAUGGAAUUUAAUGCUGUUGCUUAUGAAGCAAAUGUACGUGAAGAACUUAUCUGUGGUGUGGAUAAUUUUUUGGAUGAUUCCGUUGUUAUUCCACCCGGUGAAAUUGAUAGCAAACGUUUGUUGUCCGGUGACGAAAUUCGGAAAGCAUUAAAAAAACGACGAAAUCGUAAAAAAGUUACAGAGGAAGAAAAUU